AUGGAUGAGGGGGAAAUCGUGGUAGAGUAUUUUGACAAGGUGCAGGAGUUGGUCAAUUCCAUGAGGGCCUAUAACGAUGGAAUUUCAAAUCAAUAUGUUGUGGAUAAAAUCCUAAGAACCCUAACUCCAAGGUUUGACCAUGUGGUUGUUACUAUUGAAGAGACCCGUGAUUUGGAGAAAUUAGAAAUUGAGGAAUUGCAGCACUCAUUAGAAGCACAUGAGAAGGAAUGGUUUGUGAAGAUGAUGGAGGCUAUGCGGGGAAAAAUUCGAUUUGCUGAUGAUAAGAGUCUAACUGCAGAGGGUUCUGGCAGGAUGGUCUUGAGAGAUGGUGAUGGAAGAGAAGUAGUGAUUGAAGAAGUACUAUAUGUGCCAGGCCUAAAGACCAAUCUGCUCAGUUUGGGCCAAUUGCUGUAG